AAGACCCAAUUAACGCAUGAGCUUGGUUCAUAUGACAACGGCAGGAGCAACAGCAGCCCAUCUGAAAAGGCGUGGCCCCCCUGCUUGCUGUGGACGAGAAAGAAAGAGAGCUGCCCUUCACCCUGGAGAACUUGGGAUAUGUGCCAAACCGAGAUCUCUCACUCUUUCUGUUCAUGAAAACAUGCAAUAAAUGAAGCCGAGCUGUUGGACAUCACUGCAAUUCCAUCUCCAUAAACACUAAAAAGCGAAAAAAAUGGCCUAUUACAUGGCAACCAGAGAGAGAGAGAGAGAGAGAGAGUGUGUGUGUGUGUGGCCAUGCGGCGUUUGGCAGAGAGUUCAAGAGUCGAAGGGCAGGGGCCCCUUAUGCCGAUACUCUCUGCUCGAGAUGCCCGUCGCUGAUAUAUGAUGUUGUUGCUUCUCUUUCUUUUUUAUCUUUAUCUUUAAAGAUUUGACGUCGAGUGGAUUUGCUUUCUAUGGGUUUGGAAGCGUUGCAGAUGCUUAUAUGUGUAUGUUAGCUCAUAAUCAUCCUUCAGCUUCUCAUCGUCCAUCAUCCCCGUCCCAGUUUCCUCGCCAUGUGAAAAGCCCUUCACUUCUGUUACAAGAUAGACUUGACUUCUGCUCUAGUGCAUCGGCCCAUAUGUCUCACCAUCACCAAACCAUGGGUUACACCAACUUUUCCUCCACGAUCGAACCAGUGAUGCAGAGCUUCCAACCAAGCCAGGAGCUCUACAGCCUGCAGACGGGGAUGGAGAUGCUGGGGAUACCCUGCAAGCCUCAAGAGAACUCCGACAACUGGAGAGCCUCCUUCUCCGUGAUCGGCAGCUCGGCCCACGCCGCAUCCUGCAGCUUCCCCCAACCGUCGAAUGAGAAUCUGAUGGUUACACCCGAGAGGUUGCCCUUGUGCCCAUGGCAGCCACCGAAUCAGAUGCUUGUCGACGGACCCCGGGCAAGGUUUCUAUUCCCACCAUGCGAGGGGAAUGGGCAGUCCAGCAGCGGUGGAUUGUCCUUGUUCUUGAACCAUGCCGAGACAUCCAACUCCAGCUACGAUCAGCCUCCGUUCGAUCAGGAUGUUUUGCCCACUUCGAGAGAUGAGUUGUUUCAGGAUGGUAGGUUCUUCCGGCCACCGAUCUCACCGACUACUUCGAAUCUACACCAGCCAUCCCAGCAUCUGCUGAAGACCUCCAAGUACUUGCUCGCAGCUCAGGACCUCCUAAAUGAGUUCUGCAAUAUGAACACUACUGCUGACAGCGGCUCAUCAAAGAAGAAGGCUAGCAAAACAAAACAGCGGAACGAAGGAGGCUCUUCUUCCUCUACUUCUUUGAGCCAAUCUCUCUACUCCUUGGACAUUCAUGAGCUGCAGACUAGGAAGGCUAAGCUGCUUUCCAUGCGAGAAGAGGUGGACAGGAGAUACAGAAGAUAUCGUCAUCGGAUGAAAGCAGUGGUUUCGUCGUUCGAGGCCAUGGCGGGCGAAGGGGCGGCGGCAGCCUACUCGACCUUGGCAUCGAAAGUCAUGUCGAGGCACUUCGGGUGCCUGAGGGACAGAAUCGCAGGUCAGAUUCAGGCGAUAAGGAGGCAGAUGGGAGAGAAGGAUGCAGUUGCGGAAGGGGGCAGUAGUACGAGAGGCGAGACGCCAAGGCUUAAGCUGAUCGAUCAGCGUCUUCGACAGCAGAAGGCGUUUCAGCAAGGGGGGGUGAUGGAGAGCGAACCCUGGCGUCCACAGAGGGGCCUCCCUCAGCGUUCCGUCUCCAUUCUUCGUGCUUGGCUCUUCGAGCACUUCCUUCAUCCGUACCCUAGUGAUGUUGAUAAACAUUUACUAGCCCGGCAAACAGGACUAUCCAGGAGCCAGGUCUCCAAUUGGUUUAUAAACGCCAGGGUCAGACUGUGGAAGCCAAUGGUGGAGGAGAUGUACUUGGAAGAAAUACUAGAGCAGGAGGACCAAACAUCACUUGGAGAUAACAGCAACGACGACGAUGCUAUCAACCCACCAAACCAUCCUCAGUCCAGCCAGAACCAAAACUCUAUCUAUAACUCUUGCGAAGUAGACAUUGAAGAGCAGAAGCCAGCAGCAGGGCAACUCCUUACGGGCUCCGACUCACUCUCCUGGAUAGUCAGCAGUUCCAGUGCAAGAGAUCGUAUCAGCAGCAAGAGCUCCGACUUUGGUGCAGUGGACUUGGACUUCACUUCCUACAACCAUUAUUACUGCAGCAAUCAGAACAUUGGAAGCGGCGUGUCCCUAACGCUUGGCUUGCAGCAGCACAAUGGUGGAGGCAGCGUGAGACCGUCGUUCCCGCCAUCGCUGGCGUCACAGCAGUCUCUCGUUUACUCCAAAGAGCAGAUGGAAGAAUGCCAUCCGAGUCAAUUCUCUAUCUUGGAUGGGGAGGCACAGAAUCUUCACUACAGGAACCUUAUGGGAGCUCAGUUGCUGCGUGACUUGGUGGGUUGAACAUAUGCAGUUGUGGGUCUUUUGUUGUGACUUUUCGUGGCUUCGAUGGAUAGUGACAAUGUCUAAAUCGUUGCAUUCGGGGGACAAAUUUGUUACUGGAUGCACAUAUACAGUUUUUACUUCAUCCAAGGACAAUUUGUCUCUCAGAUAUCUUUACAUAAAUGUCAAGAAUAACAAGAAGUAACAUUAUGCA